CGCGCCGCAAGUGCCCCACCGUUCAGCGCCAGCCGGCCCUCCCAACCCCGCCGCCGUCCCCCUGCCCCGCCCUGGCUCUCUUUCCGCGCCGCUGCCAGCCUCGGCGUCCCACAGAGAAGGCCAGAGGUGGGAACGCGGAAAACCAGACCAGGCUUGUUAGAGAUUGCCAGGAGAGGGGAUGCGACCCCUCCCCAGGUCGCAGCGACUGCGCACGCAAGGGUCACGGAGCAUGCGUUGGAUACCCGGCGCCGGCGACCGCUCCCACCCCGCCUAGCGCAGCGCCCCCUCCUUCCGCAGCCCAACCGCCUCUUCCCGCCCCGCCCCAUCCCGCCCACGGGCCCCAGUGGGCGGGACCAGAGGAGUCCCGCGUUCAGGGAGUAUGUCAAGGCCGUGACCCGUGUGUUAUUGUCCGAGUGGCCGGAACGGGAGCCAACAUGGCAGCGGGGUUCGGGCGAUGCUGCCGGGUCCUGAGAAGUAUUUCUCGUUUUCAUUGGAGAUCACAGCAUACAAAAGCCAAUCGACAACGUGAACCAGGAUUAGGAUUUAGUUUUGAGUUCACCGAACAGCAGAAAGAAUUUCAAGCUACUGCUCGUAAAUUUGCCAGAGAGGAAAUCAUCCCAGUGGCUGCAGAAUAUGAUAAAACUGGUGAAUAUCCGGUCCCCCUAAUUAGAAGAGCCUGGGAACUUGGUUUAAUGAAUGCACACAUUCCAGAGAACUGUGGAGGUCUUGGACUUGGAACUUUUGAUGCUUGUUUAAUUACUGAAGAAUUGGCUUAUGGAUGUACAGGGGUUCAGACUGCUAUUGAAGGAAAUUCUUUGGGGCAAAUGCCUAUUAUUAUUGCUGGAAAUGAUCAACAAAAGAAGAAGUAUUUGGGGAGAAUGACUGAGGAGCCAUUGAUGUGUGCUUAUUGUGUAACAGAACCUGGAGCAGGCUCUGAUGUAGCUGGUAUAAAGACCAAAGCAGAAAAGAAAGGAGAUGAGUAUAUUAUUAAUGGUCAGAAGAUGUGGAUAACCAACGGAGGAAAAGCUAAUUGGUAUUUUUUAUUGGCACGUUCUGAUCCAGAUCCUAAAGCUCCUGUUAAUAAAGCCUUUACUGGAUUCAUUGUGGAAGCAGAUACCCCAGGAGUUCAGAUUGGGAGAAAGGAAUUAAACAUGGGCCAGCGAUGUUCAGAUACUAGAGGAAUUGUCUUCGAAGAUGUGAAAGUGCCUAAAGAAAAUGUUUUAAUUGGUGACGGAGCUGGUUUCAAAAUUGCAAUGGGAGCUUUUGAUAAAACCAGACCUGUAGUAGCUGCUGGUGCUGUUGGAUUAGCACAAAGAGCUUUGGAUGAAGCUACCAAGUAUGCCCUGGAAAGGAAAACUUUUGGAAAGCUACUUGUAGAGCACCAAGCAAUAUCAUUUAUGCUGGCUGAAAUGGCAAUGAAAGUUGAACUAGCUAGAAUGAGUUACCAGAGAGCAGCUUGGGAGAUUGAUUCUGGUCGUCGAAAUACCUAUUAUGCUUCUAUUGCAAAGGCAUUUGCUGGAGAUAUUGCAAAUCAGUUAGCUACUGAUGCUGUGCAGAUACUUGGAGGCAAUGGAUUUAAUACAGAAUAUCCUGUAGAAAAACUAAUGAGGGAUGCCAAGAUCUAUCAGAUUUAUGAAGGUACUUCACAAAUUCAAAGACUUAUUAUAGCCCGUGAACACAUUGGCAAGUAUAAAAAUUAAAAAAAUUAUUGUAGAAACAUUGAAUAACUAGAACACAAGCCACUGUUUCAGCUCCAGAAAAGAGAAAGGGCUUUAACGUUUUUUCCAGUGAAAAUAAAAAUAAAUCCUCUUAUAUUAAAUCUAAGCAACUGCUUAUUAUAGUAGUUUAUACUUUUGCUUAACUCUGUUAUGUCUCUUAAGCAGGUUUGGUUUUUAUUAAAAUGAUGUGUUUUCUUUAGUACCACUUUACUUGAAUUACAUUAACCUAGAAAAGUACAUAUGUUAUUUUGAUCUCUUAAGAUUAAUGUAGCAGAAAUUUCUUGGAAUUUUAUUUUUGUAAUAACAGAAAAGUGGGCUUAGAAAGUAUUCAAGAUGUUACAAAAUUUACAUUUAGAAAAUAUUGUAGUAUUUGAAUACUAUCAACUUGACAGUGACUUUGUAGACUUAAUGGUAUUAUUAAAGUUCUUUUUACUGCAGUUUGGAAAGCAUUUGUGAAACUUUCUGUUUGGCACAGAAACAGUCAAAAUUUUGACAUUCAUAUUCUCCUAUUUUACAGCUACAAGAACUUUCUUGAAAAUCUUGUUUAAUUAUGAGCCCAUAUUUCACUUACCUUAUUUAAAAUAAAUCAAUAAAGCUUGCCUUAAAUUUUUUUAUAUGACUGUUGGUCUCUAGGUAGCCUUUGGUCUAUUGUACACAAUCUCAUUUCAUAUGUUUGCAUUUUGGCAAAGAACUUAAUAAAAUUGUUCAGUGCUUAUUAUCAUA